AAGUAAGUGAGAGGGACUUUUCAUGUGAAAUCGUGCACCGCCAUGACGACACUGCGCAUGUGCAGUAACGUGGUCGAAAGCUGGACGUCAGGAUGGGAAGCGCAGUGUGAACAUAUGGACAGCCACAGCUCUGCUCCUCCAAAAUGGCACCACCCUCCUCCUCCUCCUCCUCCUGCUGCUGCUGCUGCUGCCGCUGUUGCUCUCCCCGUACCUGGCUGUGCUCACGCUCCUCAGCCUACACUUUGGUUCUUGGCUUGGUAUUCAUCACACUAGGGACCAGUCGCAUCAUUUUGCUGAAGUUCUCUGAAAAUGAAGAAAACAAGUAUGACUUUCACCCUGCCUCUGUGAAUUUGAUGGCAGAGACCAUUAAACUCGUCUUUUGUUUAGCCAUGUCAGUGCGCGUGAUCAUUCGAGAGAGUCGUUCAUGUAAGGACUUGGGCUGCUCCUCUGGUUCCUCUUUUUCUAGCUGUUUUAAAUGGGCUGUCCCUGCAUUCCUCUAUUUUCUUGACAACCUCAUUAUUUUUUAUGUGAUGACCUACCUCCAGCCUGCGAUGGCAGUAUUGUUCUCCAAUGUUGUCAUUCUUACAACAGCCAUUCUGUUUCGGUUCGUUCUGAAGAGGCGUUUGUCCUGGGUGCAGUGGGCCUCCCUCGUCAUUCUCUUCUUCUCCAUCGUCGCACUGACCAUGAGCACAUGCACUAACCAGCAUGCUGUCAGUGUGCAUGGUCUGCACGCAGCACAUGUCUCUGCUCCCUCCAGCAGUUGCUCAAACUAUACGCUGUUGGAGAUGAAGAAGCACAACCAGAGUGAGACCAGCUGGGCAGAAGGACUGGCUCCUGAGCUCUGGAACAGCCAGCUUGUCCAGCGUUUACGUGGCUUCGGCCUGGGCUAUGUCUUGCUACUGCUCCAGUGCUUCACCUCUGCACUGGCCAACAUCUACAAUGAGAAGAUCCUGAAGGAUGGAGAGCAGCUAGCUGAAAGUAUUUUUAUCCAGAACAGCCGGCUGUAUGUGUUUGGUGUUGCCUUCAAUGGCCUGGCACUGGUGUUGCGUGCCGACUCACGGACGAUGAUGCUGCGCUACGGCCUAUUUCAUGGUCACAAUGCCUACUCCAUAGCGCUGACCUUCAUUACAGCUGCCCUUGGUCUCUCUGUUGCUUUCAUCCUUAAGUUCCGUGACAACAUGUUCCAUGUGCUGACGGGCCAAAUCACCACUGUGCUCGUCACAGCCCUGUCAUUCUUCCUUUUUAAUUUCCGCCCAGAACUAGACUUCUUCCUACAGGCGCCAGUUGUUUUGCUGGCCAUCUUUAUAUACCACAGCAGCGGCCUGAAGGACCCAGAGUAUGUACUGCAGCAAGAGAGGCUCAGGGUCAUCAAUGGAGAGGUGUUUGAGCGGCAUCAAGGGGAUGGGGAAGAGUUGGAGAGACUAAAUAAAUCUGACACAGAGGGUGAUUCUGAAGAGGAGUCUUUCUGAGCCUACUCUCUCAUUCCAGCCUUUAGCUACUAAAGUGUUACUGUAAUUAUCUUGCAAAUUAUCUGUCAGUGUGCCUGUAUUUAUAAUGCUCUUAUGGCUAUAUUUAUUGACCCUUUUUUCGGGGACACCUACUAUAUUGGUGCAAAAGCUUGAUGCACUCGUACUUGCAAACCCACUAAAAUGACGCUGCCAGGUCAGUGUUUUUGCAAUGCUGAGAAUGAUCCACCACCCAGGUAAUAGCUGGUCAGUGGUGGAUAAGAUAGAGUGGUCUGACAAAUUGUGUACAGAAACAGAUGGACUACAGUCAGUGAUUGUAAAGAUAGUGCACCAUACUGUGGUAUGAGUUCCUUAUAAAUGGGCCAUAGAAUAUAGCUGUAAACAAAGUGGCCUAAAUAAAAUAUGUAUAUUGUGGUAUUUUAA